UGGAGCCGCCCCAACGUGUGCGGGAAGAGGAAGUGGGAGCUCGGGAGAAGCGGAAAUUGCAGCAGCCGCCGCCAGCCUGGGGAGCACCAGCUGGGAGCCAGGGCAGCAGCGGCCGCAGGAGGAGGUGGCACCGGGCGGCAGCAUGUGGAAGGCUACUGCAGGCCUCGCUGUUUGUAUCAACCAGGUUGACGGAACUGAUGACUGGGAGACGGAUCCUGAUUUUGUGAACGAUGUGAGUGAGAAAGAACAGCGCUGGGGGGCUAAAACUGUGAAAGGAUCCGGCCAUCAAGAGCACAUCAAUAUUCAUGAGCUGAGAGAGAAUGUAUUCCAAGAACACCAGAACCUCAAAGAGAAGGAGCUUGAAACAGGACCAAAAGCUUCCCAUGGCUAUGGAGGGAAAUUUGGUGUUGAACAAGAUCGCAUGGAUAAAUCAGCUGUUGGACACGAAUAUCAAGCCAAACUCUCUAAGCAUUGCUCCCAAGUGGAUUUGGUGAAAGGGUUUGGUGGCAAGUUUGGGGUGCAAACUGACAGAGUUGACCAGUCAGCUGUUGGAUUUGAAUAUCAGGGCAAAACCGAGAAGCAUGCCUCCCAAAGAGAUUAUGUAAAGGGGUUUGGAGGCAAGUUUGGUGUGCAGACAGACAGACAAGACAAAUGUGCACUUGGCUGGGAUCACCAGGAGAAAGUGCAGCUGCACGAAUCCCAGAUAGACUAUAAGAGUGGCUUCGGAGGGAAAUUUGGUGUACAGACAGAAAGGCAGGACCCAUCUGCUCUGGGGUUUGAUUACAAGGAGAAACUAGCCAAGCAUGAAUCUCAACAAGAUUAUGCAAAGGGAUUUGGUGGAAAGUAUGGAGUACAGAAAGAUCGGAUGGAUAAGAAUGCAGCAACUUUUGAAGAUAUUGAGAAACCAGCAUCAACUUAUCAGAAGACCAAGCCAAUAGAAGCUGUUGCUAACAAAACAAGCAGCAUCCGAGCUAACUUUGAAAACCUAGCCAAGGAAAAAGAGCAGGAAGACCGAAGGAAGGCAGAAGCUGAGAGAGCCCAAAGAAUGGCUAGAGAAAAACAAGAACAGGAAGAGGCUCGAAGGAAACUGGAGGAACAAGCUAAAGCCAAAAAACAAACUCCACCACCAUCUCCUGCCACGCAGCCAGCUGAGCAGAAGGCACCCUCAAGCCCAGUCUAUGAGGAUGCAGUUUCCUAUGAAGCAGAGCCUGCCUACAACAGCACCACAUAUUCAGCUGCACGUGAGCCAGAGCCCAGCUACAAAGCUGCAGAGUCAGACUACCAGGAAGCAGUGAGUAAGCGAGAGGCAGAAUACGAACCAGAGACUGUCUAUGAAGUGGCAGGGGCAGGAGAGCAUUACCAAGCAGAAGAAAAUGCUUAUGAUGAAUACGAAAAUGAACUUGGGAUUACAGCCAUAGCCCUUUAUGAUUAUCAAGCUGCGGGUGAUGAUGAGAUCUCCUUUGACCCAGAUGACAUCAUCACCAACAUAGAAAUGAUCGACGAUGGUUGGUGGAGGGGGGUCUGCAAAGGCCGCUAUGGGUUGUUCCCUGCCAACUAUGUGGAGCUGAGACAAUGAAGCCUCCUGUCUCCUGGUUAUGCCUUAAUUCCCCAGUCAAUAAAUCUGACUUAAUACACUACAAAUCAUGAUGCUUUUCUGAGGACGGAGGGGUAUAUACAUAUUGCUUUUAUAUUUAAUACUUUGCUGAUGCUUUUUAAGAUGUUUAUGCCACAGAAAUCGCUAAUAUAUUGUAACUACCAUGUUCUUCACUAAGGCUCUAAAAUGAUUUUCAUGCAUUUGGAAACAUCUCUCUGCCAAACUAGCAAUUGUCAUAGAAAGCCUUUGGAGGACAACUAGCCGUCUGUUGUAAUAGUGCAUGUUUUACUCAUAAGUGAGCAGAUUUACUUAGUGUUUAAGUCUAGUUAGUCUUCCACUAAAUGUUUUCAGCUAAGGAGAUCAUGGCUAUGCAGGUUAUUUGCAUUUCCCACUAUGGAGGAGUGGGGAGGACUGAGGAGGUGCAUAUUGUUUUCUUUUCCAGAUAGUGCUUGACAAAGCAAAGAGAAUGCUUGAAAUUUGCAGCUACUGGCAGUUAAUCAAAACCUGUCCAAUAUUUAUGGAAUAUUAAUGUUAGGAAGGAAACAGUCUGGUUACUUUUUCCUUCUCUUUUAAAGUGAAGUUCCUUGGCUUUUACACUGAUUUUUAUUAUUAGUGUUCCUGCUCCUCCUGUUCCUGUGAUCCCAGAGGAGGGCUGCAAACACUCUAGCACUGGUUACCCCAAAUUCCUUCACUUUGUGUUUUGGUUUCACCCUCCUCUUUCCCAGGAAGGCUUGGAAAAGUUCCUAUACAAGUGCUGAGAUGCUCAACGAGGGAAACUGGCAUCCAAAUCUGUGUGACCACCUGCAGGAGUAGCCUUGUUGCUUUAAGCAGGGGAAAAAGGCAGGAUGGAAUUGCUGUGUGCAGUGCAUCCUUUGCUCUUACAGGCAAUAGCCUGCUAUGCAGUAAUGACUUUUUAUGCAACCAUAUUUGAGUCAAGGAAUGUUAAUACAAAUAAUUAGGUUUAAACCCCAUAUAAAUUAAACCUUACAAGAGCCAACUCCACUUUUCCUGUGGUCAACACAAAUUUCCUGUAGUGUUCUACUGAAUACCAGAAUUAAACCUGUUCUUUGCCAAAACUGAAACUUGUCCUUCUAGAAAGUGACUUCACUGCAGAUUUAGGGUCCCUACCAAAGAUAGCAAGUUGCAUCUAAUAGCGCAUGUGUUCAGUGUAUGUAGUGUCUGUUUCCACCUUCUGAUCCAAAUGGGAAUGGCAGAACUGGUGCAGUAACUAAGAAAGAAUACAAAGAUUUGGACCAAGGGAAUCUAGAAGUCCUGUAUAAGAUGGUCAGAUGCAUAAUGUAAUAGGGAGAAGGCAUCACGUUGAACCAAUUCUUGGAUGGUCGGGACAAUCCAAAAUGAAUGUCGUGUGUGUCAUGAUUAUAUAUUUCUUUUCCUUCUCAUGGUCUCAUUUCCAUGUUGUAUUUGCGUUACUAUAGGGUUGGGUUUUCUAUGCAGUUUAUUUUAGCCAAUUUUGCCUAGAACACCUCAUAGGGAUAUGAUUUUUGUAAAUUAAAUAUUCAAUAAACUUUUGGAACCAUUUGCAUGGAA